AUGAGUGGAGAGUGUUGUGUUUUAUCACGGUGGCAGGAGGCAGAGUGUUGUCAGAGACUCCAUUUGUCUGCUUUUAAUUUCUGGUUUCUUUUGAUUGCUUUGAGCCACAUAAACUUAUUAUUUAUAGUUCUUUAUAUAGUUUUUUUAUCGAGCUCAAUCUUCUUCUCCACGUUAUCCGAUAACCUCACUACCCCCCGAGUUCAACUACCCACCUCUAUUAGCCCUGUACAUCAG